AUGGACUUUAUGAAUACAAGCGAGACAGCAUCUUCCGCAGCCCGCACCGCCGCUGUAGGCGCGAUGACAACGGAUGGUGUUUCUCGUCAGCUUCCUUCAGAGACACGGGUGGAAGUUCUGCAGCGCACACUACAACUUCUUAGACAGGAGAUACUGGUGCCGUACUUUGAGCCUGUAGAACGACUGCGCGUUACGAACAACAGGGCCGCUUACGUACAUGAUAUUGUAGAUGCGCUGCACCGGAGCGCGUUUGGACGGGGCACCGAGGUGUGA